AUCUUGCUUCACCAUGGCUACAAAUAUGGAGGGGCUGGUUCAUCACAGAGUGGGGACCCAGCAGGUGGCUGAGCUUGUUCACAUUCAAACUGCAGAGGCCAGGCCAAACCAGGAGACAGAAACUCCAUCCAGUCUCCCACACGAGUAGUAGCAACCCCAGUACUUGGUCCGUCAUCUCCUUCUCCCAGAUGGGUAAGAAGAUACAUCUUAAAAAUGAGGAAAAAUAUGAACAACUGUUAUUUCUGACUUGGUGAAAAAUAAGAUCAUUCAUAAUACUGAAUUCUGGUGAUAUAUGCUGGUUUUAAAAGCUGGCUGCUUUUACUCAUCAUGGUGUCUUCAAGGCUCAUCCAUUGUGAGCCUAGGUACCACGAUCACAGACCUCUCGGCCGGAAUCUCCAGGGAUGACCAGCCCCUCCCCGCGCAUCCAGAUCAUCUCCACCGACUCCACGGUAGCCUCUCCUCAGCGCAUUCAGAUUGUGACUGACCAGCAGACAGGACAGAAGAUACAGAUAGUCACAGCUGUGGACGCCUCCGGAUCCCCCAAGCAGCAGUUCAUUCUGACCGGUCCAGAUGGAGCUGGAACCGGGAAGGUGAUCCUGGCUUCUCCAGAGACAUCCAGCGCCAAGCAGCUCAUAUUCACCACCUCAGACAACCUUGUCCCUGGCAGGAUCCAGAUCGUCACGGAUUCUGCUUCUGUGGAGCGAUUGCUGGGCAAGGCGGACGUGCAGCGGCCCCAGGUGGUGGAGUACUGUGUGGUCUGCGGCGACAAAGCCUCUGGCCGUCACUAUGGGGCUGUCAGUUGUGAAGGCUGCAAAGGUUUCUUCAAAAGGAGCGUGAGGAAAAAUCUGACCUACAGCUGCCGGAGCAACCAGGACUGCAUCAUCAACAAACAUCACCGCAAUCGCUGUCAGUUUUGCCGGCUGAAAAAAUGCCUGGAGAUGGGCAUGAAAAUGGAAUCUGUGCAGAGUGAACGGAAGCCCUUUGACGUGCAGCGGGAGAAACCGAGCAAUUGUGCCGCAUCAACUGAGAAAAUCUAUAUCCGGAAGGACCUGAGGAGUCCUCUGAUAGCCACCCCCACCUUUGUGGCAGACAAAGAUGGAGCAAGACAAACAGGUCUUCUUGAUCCAGGGAUGCUUGUGAACAUCCAGCAGCCUUUGAUACGUGAGGAUGGUACGGUUCUCCUGGCCACGGAUUCCAAGGCAGAAACAAGCCAGGGAGCUCUGGGCACACUGGCAAACGUAGUGACCUCCCUUGCCAACCUGAGUGAGUCCUUGAACAACGGUGACACUUCAGAGAUCCAGCCAGAGGACCAGUCUGCAAGUGAGAUUACACGGGCAUUUGAUACCUUAGCUAAAGCACUUAAUACCACAGACAGCUCCUCGCCUCCAAGCCUGGCCGACGGGAUAGACGCCAGUGGAGGGGGCGGCAUCCACGUCAUCAGCAGAGACCAGUCGACACCCAUCAUUGAGGUGGAAGGCCCUCUCCUUUCAGACACGCACGUCACAUUUAAGCUGACAAUGCCCAGCCCGAUGCCGGAGUACCUCAACGUGCACUACAUCUGCGAGUCUGCGUCCCGCCUGCUCUUCCUCUCCAUGCACUGGGCCAGGUCCAUCCCAGCCUUUCAGGCACUUGGGCAGGACUGUAACACCAGCCUAGUGCGGGCCUGCUGGAACGAGCUCUUCACCCUAGGCCUGGCCCAGUGUGCCCAGGUCAUGAGUCUCUCCACCAUCCUGGCCGCCAUUGUCAACCACCUGCAGAACAGCAUCCAGGAAGAUAAACUUUCUGGCGACCGGAUCAAGCAGGUCAUGGAGCACAUCUGGAAGCUGCAGGAGUUCUGUAACAGCAUGGCGAAGCUGGAUAUAGACGGCUAUGAGUACGCAUACCUUAAAGCUAUAGUUCUCUUUAGCCCCGAUCAUCCAGGUUUGAGUGGCACAAGCCAAAUUGAAAAAUUCCAAGAAAAGGCACAGAUGGAGUUGCAGGACUACGUGCAGAAAACCUACUCGGAAGACACGUACCGAUUGGCCCGGAUUCUCGUCCGCCUGCCAGCACUCAGGCUGAUGAGCGCCAACAUAACAGAAGAACUUUUUUUUACUGGUCUCAUUGGCAACGUUUCCAUAGACAGCAUAAUCCCCUAUAUCCUCAAGAUGGAGACUGCAGAAUACAACGGCCAGAUCACAGGAGCCAGCCUAUAGUGCACACCCCACGCCCGCCGAGCGGCACAGGACCUCCGGACCCCAAGGAGACACAGAAUAGAGGCAUCGUGGUAUGUGCAGAUGUUCCCAGUACCCGGUUUCUUCUCAUCUGUUAACCCGACAACCGCAACUGAAAGACUAGUAGGAUCCACUCCUCCCUAGGGAACGUUCUAAUGCCUUUUGAUGAAGCAGAAGAUUUUCAAACAAUCUUUUAACUCCAUUUGUAUUUAGAAAUUCUCAAAGGGCAAAAAACAAAAAUGAAGUUUUAUAAUGUCAGAGAUUAGUAUUAAAGAAAACUAAAAGAAACUCAGAGAACAGUAUGUGUGUAUAUAUUAAAAAUGUCCUUGGAACUAAUAGCUACUAAUUACCAGGGUAAUGACGUUAGCACUUUCUGAGCACUUCUUGAUGAACGUUAGCAUCUUGCCUGUGGGCAGGGCAAAUGGAAAACUGUUAGUCUUUGCUGAAACGCUAAGGAUUCUGUGAAAACUCAGUGGGGCACAGGAGACAAUCACUUAUGUUUAAGAAAAAUGGCAUCACUCCUCACCGCGGGCACAUGUUGCUGCGGGGCUCAGUUCCUGGGAACACAAAGGCGGCUGUUCGUAUCCUGCACUAAGUGGGGCGGGCGGCGCUAGCACACUGGUGGCACCAAUCCAGAGGCACUCAGCUGCAUAGUUGGCCCUCAUCAUGUUCUCUGACCUGGUCCAGGACGGGUGUGUGCAGACUCCUCCAGAGCCCGGGGCUCUCUUCUCAGGACUGCUCUCAGACGCGAUUGCAACUAGGUAAGACGUUAACUGCUGGCGAGACCUGCAGUUCCUCCGCUACCCCAGCAGAGGGCGUCUUCUGACCAGAAAGCCUCCUUCCCAUGCAGGACAGGGCUGUUGCAUGCUGUCCACUGGGAGGAGGGCGGCCUCUGCCGGGGAGGGCCUUCCCCGAAGGCAGGGUGGAGUUUCUGCAGUCGCUCUGGGGGGGGGGGGGGGCUGCCCAAGGCCUGGUGAAGGUACAGCAUUUUGGGAUUUUUUUUUUUUUUUCACCUUGACCUUAAAUGUCAGGGUCUCUACAGCAUCUCCAGGCUCUGCAUCUCCACUGCAGUCUCCUAGCGUCCUGACACCAUGCACUCUGGUUCCCCGGUGUGUGCCAGCCCACCGUCCUGUAAGUGAUGGAUGCAGCUUGUGCCCAUGAUGGUAUUCUUUCUCAGAAGUUAGUGUCUGGAGUGUACAGGAACAAAGUCAAUCCUAGGGACGUUGCGUCUGACAUGAGGGGUCCCAAGCUUCCCUUCUGGGAACGUGGCAUGCAGCAGACUGUCAAGUGCUUUGCUUUGUUUAUAGCCCCAAUUAAGAAAAUGCAUCCUGUAACGUUAAUCCUGUGCAUUGUUGAACCUGUUGACCGUAUGGUAUCCAAGAGGUUGACAGUUCAGUCUCCUGCCUCGCAGGCACUCAGACGUGGUAUGAGCAAGUGGACAGGCUGAACGCUCCCAGGGGCCCAAGGCAGACGAGAUGCUUUAUCCUGCAGGGGGAGCAGCACUUACAUAAGUCACUGCGAGUGGGGACAGCACCUGCAACUUCAACUCCUGCUUGGGAUUUAAUCACACUGAAAGCAGAGAGUCCACAGUGGGGAUGGUCAUUAAAAAUGGAGAGGAUUUUGUUCCGCUAGCUUAAGUUUUUAGUUUGCUAACCCUGAAGAGUACUGAGCUCCAUUAGGACAGCGGAGUUAGGGGAUCUGUGUCGUCCCCGCUUGCGGAGGGUUGCCGCAGACGAUGUCUUAAGCUGGUCUGUGCACAGUAGUUGCUUCCUCUUCAUCUUUUACCCUGAGCAUGUUGAUCGACUCAAAGUCCUGAAAAUAUGUGUGUGUUGCAGUUUUUGGAUUCCUGUCCUUGCAGUGUUCGGCCCUGGAGUCCUUUGUCCAUUAAGCUGUCCAGGCUCAGGUUGAAUAAAGUGCUAAGCUCUGAGAACCCUGGAGCAGAAUCAGUAUUGCUUAUGAAGUCGCUGAUUCUAACCUGGUCCUCGGUGAGUGCUGAGUACUCCACUGCUUCCCAGAUCCUCACGGCCUUUGUGCAAGGAUCGCAUCACCAGACCCGUGGUAGCCGCAGGUGCAUUCGCUGUCCUGUCAGCCUAAAGCCAAGAAUUGGAGAGUCCUGACCACGUGUCUACGGCUCUGACAGUUCCAGGCCAUUUCACCCGGGGCCGCUGUGCUGAGCCUACUGGCACUGUGCCCGUUGUGAGAAGGGCUCACUGGCUCAGGGAGCCAGGACAGACAACGCGGUCACAUUUUGGUGAUGUGGGCUUUUCCAGAAUAAUCUCAUUGAGGUUAAGGUGGUUCCGGCUGAAAUGUAUCAAGAUCACUGGUAUGAGCAUAAAACAGAAAAAGGCCAAAUUACUUAAGCAAAUACCACUUUUGAAGUCACUCCUGAAGUGUUCUUAAGGAAGCAAUGUUACCAUCUCUGGCCUUUGAAAUAGAGGUGUGGAACUUGGAGCGUUAGGUUAUUGUCUAAUUGCUGCCGUAAGGCCAGAGUUGGCUUUCAGAUGUAGUCUUGGCUGCAUGGUCCCCGACUGCCCUGCAGAGGGAGUGACGGCCAGCUUUUCGGUAGUCCAGCUCAGGCCCCCAGCUGUGGUGAUGUUGGUGAUGGCAGCGGUGCCGCGUGCUCACCAGAGUGUACCUGUCUCUAGAUGGACACACUUUGCUCUUUUGCAUGUUACAGACACUGGCUGGAUUUAGUGCUUUCACUGAGCGGGGACAAAGCCCGACUCUGGCAGCAUCAUUUCCUGCAGAGCAGCCCCCUCCCGGGCGCACCCCCAGCAUUUCCGCUCACCUGAUCUCAUGCGCGUGUGGAAGUUCAGUGCCCCCUUUCCAGCGUCCGAGAGCUGUAUGUGCAAUAGGGUUAGAGGUGUUUUCCCUGUUCUCUAAAUCCAGGCCCUGGAAGGUGUCAUUGGGUGACAGCCUGUUCUCCUGGGAGGCCCCUGGGGACGUCCCAGCCAGCAGAGCACAUGCCCCACAGGCUGCCUGUGCCCAGCUACCCCAGCGGCGGCUCUGUGACUAUGUCUUAACAUUGAUGCAAAUUUCUAAACCCAACUCCUACAGACAGGGUUCUGGACCUCCUCCUUGUGUGCCUCCGCCCGUGUGCACUGCACACAUCCAACCCUGGGCCCAUCAGCAGCGUGGUGGCUGUACAGAUGUAUAGGCUUGUAUGACUGACUGAAUGUACACGUGUCUAUAUCUCCUACCUGUACAGUAUGUAUAUAGUAAUGUGUAUGUGUACAUAGGUGUACAGUAUGUAUACAAACAUGUAGCCUUCUAGCCCGACCUUCCUUAUGUUUAAGGAGUUUAUUAUUAUGAUAGUCACUCAUCUAAGUUGAUGUGGGUGUUCAAGGUCCCUCAGCAGGAUAAUCUGCCCGUUUCUAAACUCCAUUUCCCUUUUGGGGAGCUCAGCUGGGAAGGCCACGGAGUCCGUCUCCAUCCUGCAGAAGGGAGAAUUCCCGAUGGGUGAAGUGCGGACAGAAUGACAUUCUUGUAUUUUCUCAAGGUUCAGACAAGGGCCAGGAAGCUCUGAGAGUUUAUCCUGAAGCCCAAAACUCAAGCGGGAAUUUUUCAUGGACUUGCCAUGCUCCUUUCUGGCCCAGCUGGAAUGAACCUGUGGUUAGAGCCCGUGCCUUCCCCGAUGCUCACAGCUCCUUUGCGGGGUCCAGAGCAGGGGGUCAGGGUCAGAACACGGUCCUGGCAGCAGGUCCCAUGCACCAUCAGCAAAGCCGGGAGGGCACUUCCUGGGACUCACCCAUGGCUUCUCAUCUGAUGCCAGCUGACAACGCCAUCCCCCAGUGUUCUGAUGAAUCAGGAUGCCAAUGGCUAACCUUGGUGGCACCUAAGCCACAGGUUUUGAAUUCUCUAACUGUAGGCAUACAAGUGAAAAUUAGGAUGCAAAUUUCUCAGAUAAAAAUUGUAUUUUUGUGCCCUUAAGGCUACAGAGGGCAGAUUUUUUCCUGUCCAGGUCUACUAUGAAUUUUCGCCCUUUAGCAGGCUUUAAACGGAGACGUGGCACUUGGGAGCCAGGGCCCAGCCACUGGGAGAAAUCACUGGCCAACUACCAGCACUCAGAGAAUGCUCUUUUUCUUACAAUCAGCCAUCAGAUGUUGGCAGACACUUCCUGAGCCCGCAGUGCUCCGUGCCUUUCGUGACACGGGGGCCUUCAGCCUCCCCAUUUUGAUGUCAAGAAAGCAAGCCAGUCGCUAGCCUCACCCACCUGUGGUUGUGCCAGUGCCUGGUGCGACAAUCACCCUGGUCAGAGUGGCUUUCCAGGCCAAACACAGAUGGAAGUGGCACAGUCUCUAAAUGAAAAGUUAGAGAUUUUCUUUUGGGGCUGUUUAUCUCGAAAGCGAUCUAAGGAAAGUUAUUCACUUAAGAAUGUCAUGUUUUUAUCCCAGCUGUACAUAUUUCAGUUAAGAAGCCAACAGUUUUGAUGUCUCAAUACUUGUACACAUUCAACAGAAAAAACGCUAAACAUUCAUCAGCUGACAGACUGUUACAGUUUGUUUGGAUAACAUUUGGAAAUAGACUUACAUUAACAAUAGCUUCGGAGAAGUAUCUUUUUUUCAACCACCACAUUCAUGGACUCCAACGCUGCCGCCACGUACAACUCAAGUGCUGAAAUAUUUUUCUACAGUUACCCAUUCUCCCACUUACCUUGUAAACCAGUGUUCAACUAGUUUUAUAAUGGAAAAACUGCACACUUUUCAUAGUACCAACCAUAAUUUUUAUCUGUAGUUUGGACUUCUUUAAGAGGUAGCUGCAUUAACAGCCCUUUUAAAAUUUGGGUGUUAGGUUUUCUUGGGACCGUUUCUGUAACCUCUACCCUUCACAAUAUGAAAUCAAAGAUUGUUUAUGCCAUUACUUCUAAUUCCGGGUUUAAAAACCUAUCCAAAGCUGUAGCUUUACAGUGUGCUUCCCCUGUGAAACCAGCUUGGUGUAUGUAAUGGCAUUUAAAAAUGGCAUGUUCUUUUUAAACUCAGUUUUAUAUCUCCUCAGUGUCUUCAGUCUUGAAGAAUUUGCAUUGUUGUGUUUGUACAUAGAGUACUGCAGUGCAUGAAUUAGCUUUAUGCAUUUUAGGAAAUGCUGUCUCUGUGGCAUUACUGUUGUGGCUUACUCCUCCCCCUUUAACGAGGUUUCUACUAUUAAAGCAACUUACAGACUCAAGUGCACCCUGCUCAUCAUU